AUGACCCCUCCGGUUACCGUUGUUCCGUCCCUGGAGACGGCCAAGGAAGUCGUUCACCGGUAUAAUGGCACCAAAUACGCUCCGAACCUGCUCCCUCUGACGACUUCGAUCCCGGCCGACCUGUUGACCCCGACCCUCGCCUACCUCAAAAUCGCCGAGAACUCGAAAUUAUCCUUCCUCUACGAGAGUGCUGCGACGACGGAGACAAUCGGGCGGUACAGCUUUGUUGGAGCGGACCCGCAUAAAAUCCUCAAAACCGGCCCCGGCCAUGGCCCCGAAUGCGACCCCCUUCCCCUGCUCGAGAAUGAACUCAACGAGUUCCGCGUUGCUACGGUGCCCGGUCUCGUCCUGCCCCCGCUCACCGGCGGCGCCAUCGGCUACGUGGGCUACGACUGUGUGCGGUACUUUGAGCCCAAGACGGCGCGCCCCAUGAAGGAUAUCCUGCAGAUCCCCGAGUCGCUGUUCAUGAUGUUCAACACCAUCGUUGCGUUCGACCAUUUCUUCCAGGUCGUCAAGGUGGUCACGUACGUGCCCAUCCCCGCCUCCGAGUCGGAGCUGGAGGCCGGGUACCGCCAGGGCCAGGCGGACCUCCAGCGCAUCGUCGACACGCUGCAGCGCCCCGAGGUCCCGCUGCCGCCGCAGGGCCCGAUCAUCCCGAACCAGCAGUACACGUCAAACAUCGGGCAGGAGGGGUACGAACGACACGUGACCCGGCUGAAGGAGCACAUCGCCAAGGGCGACAUCUUCCAGACGGUGCCGUCGCAGCGGCUGUCGCGGCCGACGUCGCUGCACCCGUUCAACCUGUUCCGGCACCUGCGCACGGUGAACCCGUCGCCGUACCUGUUCUACAUCGACUGCGCGGACUUCCAGCUGGUGGGGGCCAGCCCCGAGCUGCUAGCCAAGGAGGAGAAGGGACGGAUGAUCACGCACCCGAUCGCGGGCACGGUCAAGCGAGGCAAGACCGCGGAGGAGGACGACGCGCUGGCUUCGGAGCUGCGCAGCAGCCUCAAGGACCGAGCGGAGCACGUGAUGCUGGUGGACCUGGCGCGCAACGACGUGAACCGGGUGUGCGACCCGACGACGACGCAGGUGGACCGACUGAUGGUGGUGGAGAAGUUCUCGCACGUGCAGCACCUGGUGUCGCAGGUGUCGGGGGAGCUGCGGCCGGGCCAGACGCGGUUCGACGCCUUCCGGUCGAUCUUCCCGGCGGGGACGGUGUCCGGGGCGCCCAAGGUGCGGGCGAUGCAGCUGAUCGCGGAGCUGGAGGGGGAGAAGCGCGGAGUGUACGCGGGGGCGGUGGGGUACUUCGGGUUCAACAUCGCGGGGGCGGACGGGACGACGGAGGUGCCAGGGGCGAUGGACACGUGCAUUGCGCUGCGGACGAUGGUGGUCAAGGAUGGGGUGGCGUACCUGCAGGCGGGCGGGGGGAUCGUGUUUGACUCGGACCCGUAUGAUGAAUAUGUGGAGACGUUGAACAAGCUGGGGGCCAACAUUGCUUGCAUCCGGGGGGCGGAAGCCAAGUAUGCGAGUUUGGAAUGA